AUGUCUGAGGGAUCCUACCAGCGCCUCUGGGACUCCUCCCACCUAAUCUUGCAAGAGCUGCUGGACCAGGAGAAGCCCCUGCAGGAACCCGUGCCCGACCGGGAGCGGCCAUCCUUCCAGUACAGGCUCUCUUCGCUCUACCUGUGCUACCUGAGGCUGCUGCGCCGCUUUGACACCCUCUAUGACCAGAUGGUCCAGCCGCAGAAGCGGCGGCUGCUGCGGCGGUUGCUGGACAGUGUGGCGGCCCGGGUGCUGGAGCUCAAGGACGAGCUGGUGCGAGUCGACCUGUGCGAGACCCACUGCCUGGACCAGUUGCUGCAUGACUUGAAGCUCACUCCGGCAGACCUGGAGGUUCCAAUUCCCAAAUACUUCCUGCUGGAGCAGUCCAGCGUCCUGAAGGAGCGAGAGCAGAUGCUGGCAGAGAUCCUGUCCAGCCUGAAGCCGGUGCUCUCCGAGGAAAGCGUUCCAGUGUUAUCCCGGACUGAGGCCAUAAUCCUACUGCAAAGGGCUGAGCGGGCCAGGCAAGGCAGGCUUCGAGCCACGUUCAUGCGAGAGAUUCGGAAAGAGGAGGAGCACGAUCGGAAGAUUCGGGAGGAAGGGCGGCACAGGUUCAGUCAGGAUGAAGCAGCAAUCACCAUACAGAAGGUGUGGAAGGGUUACUGGCAGAGGAAACACACUCAGCAGGACCGGCGAACAGAGAUGGAGUUCAUUGGCAUGCUCCCUUCGUCCAGCCAGGCGGACCACUUGGGCAUCAUGGCCCGGGCCAGCCUCAGGGAGGAUGUCCGCAGGCUGCGCCAGGUGGAGAAGGAGGAGGAGUUCCAGUUGGCCAUAGCGAAGACCCACGAGGCUCUCAGGGAGCUGGAGGGGCCCGACAUGAAGGAGAAAAUGAAGGAGCAAAUCCGACAAUGGUUUAUCGAGUGCCAUGCCCUUACUGGCCGAUUCCCUGAUUAUCCAGAUGAGUCUUUAGGCGGAUCCUACCUGAUCUUUGCAGACAAGACUCCAGGACAGGUGAAAAUGGAACUGGAGGUGCAGGUCCAGGAAAGCAAAAAAAGGGAGCAAGAGAAAAGUAAGGGGAAAGAAAAAGAGAAAGAAGAGAAAGAGAAGAAAGGAAAGACUGGGGAGGGGGAAGCAAAUGCAACGCUGAGAAUGCUGCCAUCCAGAUCCAUCCCUGUGAUUCGUGCCGGGCACGAGGAGCACACAAACUGGUGGGAGAACCGGUAUGAGAGCUUCCAUCCCAGUCAGAGUUUUGACUCAGAGACCCUCCAGGUGGAGCAGAGGAAGGAAGUGGAGCAGGAAAUCCGGAUACAGGUGGAUGAGCUGAUGCGGCAGGAGCUGAAGAGCCUGCGGCUGGCCGUGGACAGGGAGGAGGGGAGACCCUUGAAGCCUCCGAAGAAGAAGCCUGGGAAGAAAGCUUGGAAGAAGAAGAUGGAGAAAGACCUGACUGCAGACAGGUCUAUGGACUCUCUGUUCAAGGAGCUUGUCAUCUUUGGCCUUCUCAAGAAGAGCGAGGCAGUGGCCUUGAAGGACUAUGUCGGUGACUGCCUCUACCUUGGGUCCACUCUGCACUUGGCAAACAGGUUCCCUAUGCCUUCGCUGUUUGACAUACGACAGAACAUGGCCUUGUACGGGGUCCUGCGGCUUGGCUCCCCUGAUAUACACUCCAUGGCCCCCCUCAUCCGCUCCAUCCUCCUGGUGGGUCCCCCUGGCAUGGGGAAGAAGAUGCUGGUUAAGGCCGUGUGCACAGAAACUGGUGCCAAUCUUUUCGACCUGUCACCGAGCAACCUGCAGGGCAAAUAUCCUGGCAAGACCGGGGUGCAGAUGCUGGUGCACGUCGUCUUUAAGGUGGCCCGAUACCUGCAGCCCUCUGUGAUCUGGAUUGGGAACGCCGAGAAGAAUUUCUACAAGCGGGUCCCAAAAGAGGACAAGGAGAUGGACCCAAAACGAAUAAAGAAGGACCUCGCCAAGGCCCUGCGACUGCUGAGUCCCGGAGAUCGCGUGGUGCUUAUCGGGACCUCCGACCGGCCGCAGGUGGCCGAGAUGAAAGGACUGUGCAGCACCUACCAGCGGAUCCUCCUCCUGCCUCGGCCCGAUUACGCCUCUCGCUACGUGCUCUGGAAGCACAUGAUAGAGGCCCGGGGAGGCCAGGCGACCCAGGCCCUGGACAUCAGUGCCCUGGCCAAGGUGUCCGACGGCUACACGCCUGGCUGCAUUCUUCAAGCAAUCCAAGCCGUGCUGACCGAACGGCGGCUCCUGCAAUUGGCCAGGCGGCCCCUGGUGGCCUCUGAGUUCCUGGGGCAUCUGGCGAAGCUGGACCCCGUGUACAGGGAGGAGGAGGAGUCCCUGAAGGACUGGUACUUCAAGACCCCACUGGGCCAGAAGAAGAUGAAACUUAGCCAGGACCAGGACGCUGCUGAGGAAGCCAAGCUGGCAAAGGAGAAGAAGAAGAAGAAGUGAGGCCGGGGUGGGGGGGACCCAAGGCCAGCAGUGGGACCGGGCGGGGCCCUUCCGGUGAAGGGGGCAGAGGUAUAAAGGGCCAGAUGGCUCGGGACCUGCUCGCUUUGUCCAUCUCCGUGCUUCCCGCCCCCUGCUCUGUGGCCCGGCCCCUGGUGCCCACCCUCUCCUCACCCGCGUCCUCGCCACUCACACCCGGUUCCACUCUGGCUCCCAGAUCCCUGUCCUCUGAUCCCACCGCCGUCUCCAUCUCCCAUCAUUCUCCCAUCCUGGCUCCCUGGCUUGCUUCCUCCUCCAGGCGUUUAAGGGAGAAAAACAGGGGAAGAGGAAACAGGAGAAAGAUCUAUAGUAUGUAUUGAAAAAAGGAGUUCCCGUCGUGGCGCAGUGGUUAAC